AUGGCCGCCACUGCGAACUUACAGCCAUGGCCUGAGGGCAAGGACGCAAUCUUGACGCGGCGGCUCGUAAUCCUAUCCUUCUGGGCCAUUGUCCUGUGUCUCGGACUGCCAGUAUGGUGGAAGACUACGGCCAUCUACCGCGCGGAUCUCCCUCUUCAGGUUAUGAAUGACUGGGCUGAGGGCAAGACAUGUCGACCCGUAUUCCCUCUGCGCAUUGCCUUUGAAGCACCCGCGCUGCCUCUUCAAGAUGCACAACACCUCCUUCGCACGACGCAGCACGCUCUAGACGACCUCAACGAGUUCUCCGCCCAUCACUUGCGCCUGAUGCCUGCCGGCUCUUCGGUGGCAGCGAACACAUCACACGAUUCACAGAGCAGGGCUGUCCAGGACGGUGUGCUUCACAACGUGCAGGAUGAAGAUGUUGCAAUGCUCAUUAGGCUGGUUCCUGGGGAGUCUGGAUCCACACCGCGUGCUGAGCUUCAGUCCUAUUCACCGACUUUGGAAGUAUACUACACGUCGAAUCAGAUUCCGUCAUCUUCGUCCACUUCCUCACCCCUGGCUACCUUCAUUGCGCACGAAUUGCAGAAGAUAUUUGCGGAGGAACAGGCCUCGCUCGCGUACUUACUAUCAACUAGCUCGACUGCACACAACUCAAAGAUGAAAUCACUAUCCCCGGAAACCGCAUCCGCUCUGGAGAGGCAGUCGACGAGAGCCUUCAAAUAUGCUCCUACAUAUCAUCUAACAUUCUCACUUUUCAGCCCUACGGCAUCGCCGUCCGAGUGGGAAAUAGAAUCUGCGCUCCAAGAAUACAUAUCUCCUUUGCUCCAGUCGCUUUCCUCGAUUAGCAACUUCACCGUCGAUACCCAGGUUCAGCUCUAUGCAACCUUUUCUCCGUCAAUCCACCACCCAGAGUACGAUGCUCCGAGCAAUUCGUGGACUCUGCGCAAGGAAGACUUGAGUGGUUUCAUAAACGCUGCGGAGUGGCCGCUGAGCCCAAGCAUAGGUGCUGGACCAACUGUAAAUUUCGUUCUCUAUGUCCCGGAUCCUAGCCAGUCACCGCUCCUUGUCAAAGAAAAUGGAGGAAACAGCUGGCUCGUGCCGCAAUGGGGCGGAGUCCUGAUUCUUAACCCAGAAGCAUCACAUCAAAACAGCGAAACCACCAGAAUUCUCACGCAAGAGUCUUUACGGCCCGCGAUGCUGACCUUUUCGAAUCAGCUGUUUUCAUUGCUCGGACUACCUCAGACUCCAUCGUCCCUCCCUUUGCGUCUUUCGACUCUCAAGAGAGUUCGCGCAGCAGCCCUACUUUUCUCCGCAUCCUCUACGCUCGGGGCACUAGCACGACUCACGAAAGCUCUACCCUCCAUUUCAAUACCGGACACUGUGGCUAAAUCCGUCGACCAAACUAUCAUCCAUCUCCAUGAUGCGUGCAGCGACCUUCGUGCUGGGAAGUUUCAUGGUGCUUUGGAGCAUGCCAGAAUUGCCGAAGCCGAGGCCGAGAAAGCUUUUUUUGAGCGAUCCAUGGUUGGCCAGGUGUACUUCCCAGAUGAGCACAAAGUCGCUGUAUACUUACCAUUGCUUGGUCCAGUCGCCGUUCCCUUGGUACUGGCGGGAUUGAAAGAACUGAAAAGUUUCCGGUCAAGAAGUUGA